GUUUCAGCCGAGGAUGCACUGCUUCAUUUGGACAACCAUUUUGGCCCUCCUGGCCGUCGCAUCGGCGGCCAAUGUUCCCCGUCUCCGAAACGAUGACCAGACGGAGGCCAGAGCAAGCCAACAGCGCCGCUACCAGGAGCAGGACACGGCACGCGCCUUCUACUCGUACGGCUACAGCGACGAUACUGCCGCCCGGGCAGAGUACUCCUCCCGCGAUGGCUCCUCCAGGGGCUUCUACUCCUAUGUAGACGCCGAUGGCAAGCUCCAGACGGUCCGCUACGAGGCCAGUCGGGGCCAGGGCUUUAAGGCGGAGGCCAGCAACCUGCCCCAGGCACCAAUUGAUGAGGGAAAACCCCCCGUCGACACCGAGGAAGUGCAGCAGGCGCGAUCCGCCCAUCUCAAUGCUUUGAGAGAGGCCCGGGAGGAGGCUCUGGCGGCCAGUCUUCGGGAGGAGUCGGAGCGGCGGCAGCGGAAGGAGGAGCAGGACAGUAGGAUUAGGGCUAAUUCCAAUGAAUCUGAGGAGCGGAAUCUCAGCGAUGAGGAUGCCAAUAUUCUGGAAAGGGUGAGGGCACAGCUGACAGCCAUGCUGGCAGAGCGUCAGCGAUCCAACAAUCUGCCGAACGACGAUCAAGAGGAUCAGCAGAAGAGGCUGGAGCAGCGAUUGCAAGAUCAGGAAAAGAGGCAAGACCAAAGACGGGAUGAGCAGGAAUCCGCUGAAGAGGAACAAAGGCAGAGCGAUCGCAAUCGCGAUCGCGAACCCACAACCUCCGAUCGCCAGGCUGAAGAAGAUGCCCGCCUGCGCACGAUCUACUCCCUCGCGGAUCUCUCCUCCGGCAGCUACCUGAAGCUUGGCGAUCUGCAGGAUCGCUUGAGCAGCGGUGAUCUCCGAGUCCCGGUCGGUGCCUACUACAGUCUUGUGUCGCCCAGCGCCAAGUACAGCGUGACCACGCCCACGGAGCUGAGAACCCUGCGUCCCGUGGCCCUCAGUCGCAGUUUGUUGGUGAGCAAACGCAACUGAAGGAAGGUCUACUGGAUGGAUGAUAUGAUGGAUAUUGUGGUUUUGUGUGUGUCCUAAGAAUAAAUGCAAGACAGAGCACCAUUGUGCCAAA